AUGAUACCCUCCAACUCAAGCUUGUGUCCCGGUGAGUCUGGUGCUGUCGUCGACAGCGAAAAAAGAAAUUUACCUCCAUCACUUCACACAUUUUGUAUCCGAAUAACGGAGAGACUUGACAAUGUUCUCAACUCAGCAUGGGGUAGUAUCUCGGAAUCGCAACCUUCACCCGACAUUGUGGGCUUGCCUGCGGGAUGUCUAUUGCAUGGGCUUACCUGCUGCCUUUUCAUCUUGAGCAAUUGGUACUGGACGGGGAUGAAGACUGCGCCCCUCGCAGACCUCAACCCGGUGGUCUGGAUGAUACAGAAUCUUCUCGCACUUCAUGGUCGUAAGGAGGCGGCGCAGAAUCACGACAACGAAUCAUGUCCACCUCCGUGCAACAUAACCGGCAUAGCAGGCCUCUACUUGUACAGGGCCGAGAACCACUUUAACAGCUGGGAUGAACCAGAUUUGGGUCAACCUCUUCCAUAUUUGGCAGUCCGUGUUGCAUUUCUCGUUUCCCCACCUCAGGUUGCUGUAUGGGUCGCAUACUCAGUUGAGGCCAUUGAUAUGCUUCAUCAUGCCCAGCUGUCAAAAUCGCUGUCGAACACUGCUUCGUUCUUCCCACUUUGCGUUGAUUGUUGUAAUCAAAUUGCGGCGCUUAGGCCGAGAAUUAUGUUCACUGAUUUUCACUCCAAAGACCGACCCUCUCCUUCAAUGUCACAACACGCACCCGAUAGUCUGGCUGCUACAGAGAUGGUACAGCAUGGCAUGCGUCGAACUAAGGAGGUAAAUGGGAGCAUUUGGCACUUGAUCUUCAUCAAGUGGCCCCAUUUCCAUGUCAAUUCUGCUACCAACAGCGUUGGAUGUGCCGUAAAGGCUCCUUCCCCGUGUAAACGCUGGGCUGGUUUCGACACAUCGCCGGGCUACACUCUCAACGCUUCUCCUAGCCGUGCGCUUCCUCUGCCGAUGAAUAUGUUGACACAUAUCUCCCACUCGAGGCAAAGCUGUAAGGAGCUUUGUACAAUUGUUGCCCUACUUAUCGUCUAUCUCAACAUCAAGCGCUCACUUUCCAAAUUCUCUUCCUUGUCCUUAUCCGCCAUCAUGAUCGGUCUUUUGCGGCCACUAGACUUGCGGAAAGAGGGUGUGGCUUCACACGACAAUACACCGGCGCCGGUAUCGCCGGUAUCGCCAGUAUCGUCAGUAUCGAGGCCUCCAGCUAGCCCUGCCGCCAAUCUUCACGCCAUUGUGCUCGCUUUUCGAGCCAUUACAGUGCUCAAAACAGCAAGCACCUCAGCGACUACUCGAAUCAGAAAGACAACCUCUAUUGAUGCGGACAAACACCCCGCGUUACCCCUCCCAAAUGUACAUCCAGUGUAUCAAACCGUUCCUCUUCGCCCCAAUGAGUUCCGCAUUCUCCAUGUGGAGCCAUCCGCUUCAUUCUCGUCGCAAGUUGUGGCCAGGCUCUCCGUGGUUGACUACGAUCCCGAAUCCAAGAGAGUCUCGGCCUCUUACGACGCUCUCUCCUACAGAUGGGGUGACCCCAACGACACCGUUACAAUUAUCGUCAACAACGCAGAGUUGAAGGUGACAAGGAAUUUGUCUAUUGCCCUUCAGAAUCUUCGUCACAGGGACCGAGAGCUUGUCAUCUGGACUGACGCUAUCUGCAUCAAUCAGAUGGACAUAGAAGAGCGACAGGUCCAAGUGACUCUAAUGGGGGCCAUCUACUCAAAGGCAGCCUGUGUACAGAUAUGGCUUGGCGAGGCUGGUCACGAUACCGAAGAGGGUAUGAAUCUCGCCAACAGCUGUGGCGGCACACGUGCAGACACCGCAGAAGUUGUGAAAAAGAUAUGCGCCGAUGGUCGUGGGUCGACUGGAUUGGCAGAGCUCCUCGAGCGGCCAUACUGGAGCAGAAUUUGGAUGUUCCAAGAAAUCCUCCUGUCAGGAAAGGCGCAGGUUCAGUGUGGGCAAUUCAGCACAUCCUUCGGUAGCCUCAAGCACCUAGACUUGAUAACCUCCAAGUCAUCCCUGUGGAAAGACCGAAAGAACCCUCCACCCUGGACUAUCCGACUUCGCAAAGCGUUCUUCAACACAGCACAAUUUACCAUCAGUCCAAAGGCUCUUAACAACCUAGAGCGUAUUCUUGUUCUGACAAGACCAUUACAAGCGACCGAGGCGCGUGAUAAGCUCUUCGCCCUCAUGGGUACGUGCGAUAUGGCCCCGUAUCUGUCCGUCGACUACAGCAAGUCGCUCCGCGAUAUCUAUGUCGAGUUCGCCAGGCAUUACGCUCAAAAGACAGGAAGUUUAGCCUUGUUUCUCCUAGCCGGAUCUCAAAAUCCAGAGGAUCAAACCGAUAUUGGUCUUCCUUCAUGGACUCCGGACUUUCGCUCUUCGACGGGGGUCGAUAUCUACACUGGCUAUGGUAUCGAAAAUGCAGGUACCUUCAAUGCCACCAAAGGGAAACGCUUCAUGGGAGCGUACUCAAAAGAACACUCAACGGGGGAUGCCGACGGGGUCUUCGUAGCCGAAGGAUAUCUUUUCGACACGAUUCGAACCACAGUCCCAGUCUUGAAAGAUGCGCGGACUCCAAAGGAAUUGUUAUCGGUGCUGCGAUUUGGACAGCUUGAAAGUCGGCCCAUGGUUUCAGGCAAGCCUCAGAUCGAAGCACUGUUCGAGGGUCUCAUUUUCGACACCAAUGGGCACACUGAAGAGGACUCUGAAGCUCGCGCCACCACAAAGCAACAUCAUCGAUUGAAUUACAUGCUUGGGUUCAUGCGAGACUUGGAGACAUACAUGGGCAACGAGCUUCCCAGAAAGAAAGACGGCAAUGUUGACUUCAACGCCCUCUUCGGCUCUAAAGGAGGCAGCGAUCUCCCCUACGUCACCUUCUACGAGUCAAUCAAAAGGACUGAUCCCUCCCAGCUCGAUGUUCAUUACAAAGCAUUCAUGAAGGAGUUUUUGUUGAAAGCAGGACGGGCGUCGAGCAUGUUCGUCUCCAACGACAACAAGCUCGGUCGGUGCAGCGUCGUUGCACGAUCCGGUGAUGUCAUUGCCUUACUUUUCGGAUGUCCUUUUCCUGUGAUUUUGAGGCGGAAAGAGUUGGGAUUCGAGCUUGUCGGUGCUUGUUACAUCAGCGGCAUGAUCUGUUCAGGAGAUCCCAUUGAUGUAAGGAAGAUGUCAGCAGACGAAGCUGAGCAUGAAGUUGUGGUCGGAGAACCCCCGAUCAGGAGACUUUCUAUUGAGCAAAUUUCGUUCGAAGAAUCUGCGGUCGAGCAAUACUCUGCCAAAUGUCUCGACGUUGAGGGUCUUCUAGCUGGAGAAAUCCUGAUGACGCAUCCACUUGACGUCAGCGAGGCUGGUCGCUGGGAAUUCUCUUGCGAGUCUGCAAUUCAGGCACUUGCUGAAGUCCUCGUCAUGGAUAGCGAUGCUAAAAACUCUAAACGCAUUUCAGGACAACCCGAUCAUGGUUCUCAGGUCUCACUAUUUCGCCUUCUCGGUCUUGUUCGAGAUGUUGAGAAGUUGUGCAAAGGAGACUCUACAGGAGCCGAAGCCGAAACUGAUGUUCUGGCCUUUUCGAUAUGGCUUGGGAUCGAGCAAGUCGAUAUGUUAGGCGAGAUUUACUCUAGUCUUUGGGCAUCGGAGCAAAGAACGCUCGAUCGCUAUCGUACGUUGUUCAUCCGCGAGCUGAAACGCAAGCGAGUCCCAUCUUGCCGGAUAUUCUCAGUCAAGUCUGGCUACAUUGACACUAUGAUAUUGACAAAGGGGUAUCCGGUCGAUAUCGCGUCAGCCAUUGCUAUGUAUACAUUUGUCUUGAGAUUAUAUCUUAGUCCGUUUAGCUGGAAUACCUUAUUGCAGGACAGUCAUAGUCAAAUCAGAUUUGGUAAUAGCCGCUUGGAAUUGAAGAACUUCUUGGAAUUAUCUUACCAUCCCCUGUCGAUAUGCAGAAAGUCCAUCACGGCUGAAUGUAGGAUCGGCGCUGAAUAA